CCUCCUUAGCCCGCUCCAGUCCCCGACAUCACCCGAAUCCCACACGCCCCCUCUGCGCGCUGUGUCUGCCGGGACGGGGAGGCAGUGACCCGGCCCGGGCUCCAUUCCAGCCGUGCUCUGUGCUUCGGGGCCAGCUCCUGUCGGUCUCUGGGCGCACCUCCCUCACCGGGGUUCCCUCCAUCCUCCUUUCUGCAGCUUCCUCCCCUCGCAGCCAGGCGGAUGACACGCACGACGGGCUGGUGCCCGGCGCCCCGGGGUUACUGGACGUCCCGGGGAACCCGAAGUCCGAGGAUCCCGAGGUCCCGGACCGGGAGGGGCUGCAGCGCAUCACGGGCUUGUCUGCGGGCCGUUCGGCUCUUAUAGUGGCCGUGCUGUGCUACAUCAACCUCCUCAACUACAUGGACCGCUUCACCGUGGCUGGCGUCCUUCCGGACAUCGAGCAGUUCUUCGACAUUGGAGACAGUAGCUCCGGCCUCAUCCAGACCGUGUUCAUCUCCAGUUACAUGGUGUUGGCACCUGUGUUUGGCUACCUGGGUGACAGGUACAAUCGGAAGUAUCUCAUGUGCGGGGGCAUUGCCUUCUGGUCCCUGGUGACACUGGGGUCGUCCUUCAUCCCCAGAGAGCGGUUCUGGCUGCUCCUCCUGACCCGGGGCCUGGUGGGGGUCGGGGAGGCCAGUUACUCCACCAUCGCGCCCACUCUCAUCGCUGACCUCUUCGUGGCAGACCAGCGGAGUCGGAUGCUCAGCGUCUUCUACUUUGCCAUCCCAGUGGGCAGUGGUCUGGGUUACAUUGCAGGCUCCAAAGUGAAGGAUGUGGCCGGGGACUGGCACUGGGCUCUGAGGGUGACACCAGGUCUAGGAGUGCUGGCUGUUCUGCUGUUGUUCCUAGUAGUACGGGAGCCGCCGAGGGGAGCUGUGGAGCGCCACUCAGACUCACCGCCCCUGAGCCCCACCUCAUGGUGGGCAGAUCUGAGGGCUCUGGCAAGAAAUCCCAGUUUCAUCCUGUCUUCCCUUGGCUUCACUGCUGUGGCCUUCGUCACGGGCUCCCUGGCUCUUUGGGCUCCUGCCUUCUUGCUGCGUUCCCGUGUGGUCUUGGGGGAGACCCCACCCUGCCUUCCUGGAGACUCCUGCUCUUCCUCUGACAGCCUCAUCUUCGGGCUCAUCACCUGCGUGACUGGCGUCCUGGGUGUGGGCCUGGGCGUGGAGGUCAGCCGCCGCCUCCGCCGCUCCAACCCCCGGGCUGACCCGCUUGUCUGUGCUGCUGGCCUCCUGGGCUCCGCACCCUUCCUCUUCCUGUCCCUCGCCUGUGCCCGUGGUAGCAUCGUGGCCACCUAUAUUUUCAUCUUUAUCGGAGAGACACUGCUAUCCAUGAACUGGGCCAUUGUGGCUGACAUUCUGCUGUACGUGGUGAUCCCCACACGACGCUCCACCGCCGAGGCCUUCCAGAUUGUGCUGUCCCACCUGUUGGGUGACGCUGGGAGCCCCUACCUCAUUGGCGUGAUCUCCGACCGCCUCCGCCGGCGCUGGCCCCCCUCCUUCUUGUCUGAGUUCCGGGCCUUGCAGUUCUCACUCAUGCUCUGCGCCUUCGUUGGGGCGCUGGGGGGUGCGGCCUUCCUGGGCACCGCUCUCUUCAUUGAGGGCGACCGCCAGCGAGCCCACCUGCACGUGCAGGGUCUGCUGCAUGAGACAGGGCCCGCAGAUGACCGUAUCGUGGUGCCCCAGCGAGGCCGCCCCACCCGGGUCCCCGUGUCCAGUGUGCUCAUCUGAGGGGUUGUUGCUCGCCCACCUGCACACCUACCCCAGGAGGUGCCCGGGCCCAAACCCACAGCCUGGCCCAGCUUCUGGGAGGGACCUUGGGCCAUGUUCCAGCUCCUAGACACUACACAGGCAGCCAAGCAGGGGGCAGGGGGGUCCGGGAAUGGGGUCCCCCUCCACUGGAGCCGCCCGAGGGGCUCGGUGCUAUUUGUACCUAAAUAAAAUUUAUAGCCAGACCCCAAAUGCCUGCUGA